CUCAUGUUAGUUGUUUUCGUGCAAAUUACGAAGCAGAAGACGUUCUUCUCGAGUUCCUUUCCAGUUUUCAAGCUCAUGUUUUCUUUUCGUUAUAAUGGGAGCACUAUAUUGCUGCGUGACUGGAUGUAUAAACAAUAGUCGCAAUGUGAAAAGGAAAGGCCUACAAAUUUAUGCUUUUCCUUCGUGGAAAGUUCUGAAUAAUGUUAACAGUAGUCGAAUCCGGCAAAGAAAUGGAAUAAAACGACGAAAUGCUUGGAUUAAUGCAAUCGACAGAAAAUCAUUACGAUUGACAUGUUGCAGUGGAGUUUGUUCUAUUCAUUUUGUUCAUGGUAAGCCUGCAUCUAUAGUGGAUGAAUCUCAUGUUGAUUGGGUUCCAACAAAGUUCAUGAAUGGAGAAGGCCAUAAACAUGAAAAAAAUGCUCCUCCAGAAUUUGUUGUAGAAUCAGUUGAUACAAAACAUGCCACUGGGAGGCAUGAACUACGAUCCAAUAGUGACAACCGUGAAGGCUCUAAUUCAGUAAAUUCAGUAGAUGCUGCACUUAUUGGUGAAAACUAUGAAGGUCUUAGAAUGCAGUUCCCAAAUAUUGUGGAAUGGUUACCAUCACUACAGACUUCAUUUAAAACACAGCCUUGCCAAGGUGAUGAUUAUUUGCAUACCAACAGUGCUGGUUACUCUGACAGAGAUAAGCCUACAGAUGAUAUCAGUGUGACAAAUGCAACUCCUAUGCUAUCACUGGCACUAAGAGAUCACUCUUAUUCCAUAAUGAGUUAUUAUGAAACUAAUAAUUCAAGUUGUUGUUGCUUUGAUGAAUUAAAUGAACAAACAGCUGGGCUGAAGAAAGAUUCACAACAGGCGAAAGAAAAGCUUGCAGAGACACAGGAGGAAAUUUCGAGAUUGAAAAAAACCAUUACCCAACUUCAAAAUGAAAACAAGAAGUACGUCGAGGAUUCAAAAUUAAUUAAUGUUAUUCGUCAUAACAACGAAAAGACAAAGUUUUAUACUGGACUAAACACUUGGAGUAUUUUCAUGGCCGUCUUUAAACUGUGCAAGCCGGACGUUGAAACCACCGCCAGAAUGAAUUUGUUCAAAUGCAAAAUAACGCUGGAAGAGCAGUUUUUGAUGACAUUGAUGCGACUCCGACUCAGUCUAACAAUGCAAGAUCUUGCGUAUCGUUUUGAUGUAUCGACGCCAACAGUUAACCGCUGUUUCGGGAAAUGGAUUGAUGCGAUGUAUGUGCGCUUCGCAAAAAUUCUCAUGUCGUGGCCUGCGCGUGACGAGCUCUUUCUGUCGAUGCCAGCGCAUUUAAGGAGACAUUUUCGCAACUCGGUUCAAAAUAAAAUUCCUAAUGCCCGCAAUCAUGUAGAGAAGGUUAUCGAACAAUUACAAAGGACGUUUACUGGUCCAGAGAAUAAUCUUACCAUGGUCGAACGUGAAUCCGACAGUUUAGUUUCAGUUGAUAGAAUCACUCUCGUAAGUUGUUUUUUAUUCAACACAAGCCCUGCUAUUGUAAAAUUCUUACGCGAUUUGAAAUAAACAUGUUCGUGCAUUACGUGAAACUAAACGAUGCAACGAUUUAA